AAGACACUUGGACAUACUCAGGAAGCAAGACACGUACUGAAAACGCGGAAGAGAAAGACGAGAUUUUAUCAUCGUUAUAUAAUUAUUUUACUGAUAAAAGUGUGUAGAAAACGCGCAUCUAUCAAAUCCCAGGAUUUACAAUACUCUGAGAUUGUCUGAGACAGUAACUGGAGUCCCAGUGCGUCGUUGGGUCUGUGUUCUGGAUUUAAACAUCAAGUAGAGGUCUGUCCACUUCAGACUCAACCCUGAAGGAGUUUGAGGACAGCAAAGAGGACCAAGACCCUCUCAUGAAUCCUGAAGGUCCAGCGAAGCAGCAGCUUGUCUGCGCUGAGGCUCAGGCUGGACCGUCCAGCUGGGAGGAGUUCACACCUGAUGUGUCAGAGUCUAGAUCCGCUUCAUACAGGUUCAGGUGUCCUCAUUCAGGUUCAUUCCAUUGUACUCUGACUGGACUGGUGUUUGUUGUGGAUCAGAAGGCGGAGCUGCAAUACAACAUUAACCAAUGGAAUGAAGACCUGGUGGGGUCAGCUGGUAGGUCGCCUGCAGGUCCGCUGUUCCGCAUCGAGUGUCCUGAGAAUGCAAUUUGCAAACUCCACCUCCCACACUGUGAGACAAAGCACGGUCAGCGCCCUGGAAACCUGUCCGUUGCCCAAAUUGCCGACGAUGGAAUGAGCUUCAUUGGUCCGUUGGAGAUCACAGACACUCAUGUGGUCAUCAACGUCCUACACUUGUCUGCCUUUGGCCUCGUCUCCCCAUUUCAACAAUGGUUUACCAGCAAAUCAGCGAGAGGCCAAGUUCUGCUGUUCAUCGCACCACCAAACCUAAAAACAAAACAGCAAAAACUAAACGUGUUACUGCUGCCGUGCAACAUUCCUGUGGACGAGGUCCAGAGAAAACAGUGGAAUGCUAAACGGUACAUCAAAGCCCCUACUGAUUGUGAACUCAUCCAAAGCCAAAGUUACAGAGUGGCCUGUCCUAAUGCCUGCAUAAUACAGCCUGAGAAAGCAACUUUUACGCUGAGCUUCGGACCAAAUUAUCACCCAACGUUUGAGAUCCGCCUUCCAAUGAGCAUGCAGCGGGUGACUUUAACACUCAAAGACCAAAAAAACAAAGAGAUCUGGAAGAAUGAAGUGCAUCUGACUGAUCCUGCUGUGAGUGAAGACAGUCAACCAAGGUCUCAGCAGAAUGUCUCUUUAGAGGACGAGUCGUUUUCAGAUUUGGACUGAGUUCAGCAUCCGUGUGUCGGAGCCAGUUCUGAAUGAGCUGCUGGAAGAACUUUUACAACAGAGGUUUAUAAAGGCCGCCAAAAGUGAAGAGGCUAAAACAAAAGGCCGAACUGACGGGGCUAGAUAUGUGAUCAACCUGGUCCGACACAAAGGACCAGGAGCCUGUUCAUGUCUGAUAGAAAACUUCUGUGAGCUGGACCCUCACCUUUCAAAACUUGAACCUGAGCCAGCCUUGACCCCCUUUGUUCAGGACAUCACAGCAUUUUCCUCUGUCGUCCUGCUUUGUCCAUAUGUCCCACAGUUAGAAUAGAGACUUGUGUUUAUAUGAUCGUACACUGCUGUGUUGCAUCACAUGUACAGUGUGUACUUGGCUGUAGUGUUAUACUGAAACCUUUGCUCAAGAACAUUCAGUAAUGUAUGUGUAGGUUCUAUAUUGCCUAGGUCAUCAUUCUUCUCAGUUGUUCUUCUCAGUUCAACUGGACUGGUUUAGCUCUUUUGAAAACAUUUUGUCUCUCACCCAAGAGACUUCAGACUUCUUCUUCAAGAGACUGAAGAAGUCUCGAGGAGGAGAGACGAAAUAUUUUCAAAAGAGCUAAACCAGUCCAGUUGAACCAAGAAGAACUACCAAGAAAAAUAUUCAGUAAUGUUGCACCAGAACUGACUUCUGAGGAUAUACCUAUAAGGUACCAAACCCCAGACAACAAUACAAAUAAAUGAAAGAAAUGUUACA